AUGUCCGCCGACGAGGAACUGGAUCGUCGUAUCCAAGCGCUACCACAGGAGGUGCAAGAUGAGAUUCUCGACCACGUCCUCUUCAUCAAGCCGGGCGAAGUCACCAUCAACACCACCAGUUACACGCCCCCAUGGCAACUCCACUUCAAUCGAGCUACUCGUGAGAAGAUCGCGGAGCACUACUACGCGACGUCCGUCUUCAAGAUCAGCGAUGCAGACUACGGCUGCUUUUCUGUUACCAGCCGGUGGCUGAAAUCGCUCACUGCCAAGCAUCAAGCCAAGGUGGCGGACAUUCGCGGUGACUACAGGUCCGGCUCGCUCACAUUCGGCGCUCUACCGGCGAUUGAAGCGCUGUAUUCAGAAGCGACUGAACGCAAAUACGCAUUCCGAAAAGCCCUUUCCACGAGCGCUGAUUUGCGGGAGCAGAACAGCAUCAGUCUGGGGCGCGGGGUUUUCAAGACGAACUAUUUCGUUUUCGAGCUUUGCGAAUGUGGUCGGGGAGAAUGCCCCAAUUAUGAAAUCGAAGAGCAUUGGGCGUCCGAAUGCGAAGGACGUAGGAAUAUGCGGGCCGGAUAG